AUGAUCAUCACGAAAGUUCUAUUCCUCUUCUCCUUCAUUAUCGCACCAGCCAUCGGUUUUCCAUCAUGCUGUGAAACCGAACUUGUCAACACGAGGAACCAGCGUGUUCUUGAUGACUAUCUUGAUGUAUGGAGCGGAAAUCUGGCUCUCGCAGAAACAGUUUUCCACCCCGAUGUUGUCCUUCAUUCCGACCGGUUUCCAUCCUCGACUGGCAAGGGUAGUGAUCUGAUUAGUGUCACCAACCGAGACGAAUUUGUCGCCUUUGUUCAGAGGUCGCGAAAGGGCCGGAAGAGAUAUACAUUCACCCCCAUAAGAUCAACGGGAGAUAAAGACUCUGUUGCCGUUCGAUGGGCAAUGCAUGGAGUGAUUGGUAGCAACUUCACACUUUUUCCGACUCCCUUGAAGGCGGGCGCCGCAGUGACCUACGACGGGGCCGAUUUUCUGGUCCUAGAUAACUGUACUGGCCUGGUGCAGGAAGUCUACAUAACGCAAAACCUGAUUCAAUAUUUCCAUGCGAUGGGACUGACUGCUGUUACUGUCUGA